AUGGAUGCAGUUGCACAAUGGUUGCAGAGGAAUCAGUUCGUGAUUAGUCUUAAAAAGGGUAAGUCAGAGUCUAUGGUUUUUGGUACAGCAAGACGUCUUGCAAAGGAAGAAAAUUCAUCCCUGUGUAUCCAAAUCGGAAGUGAUGUAAUUAGAAGUACCACUUCAUAUGUAUAUCUCGGUGAGAAGUUAGACCCAAUGCUUAACUUUGGCCAGUAUCUGCACAGAACCUUCAAGAAAACAUUAAGUAAACUGAAAAUGCUCAAGAAGUUACGUUCUUCUUUGACAGUCCAGUCUGCUUGUAUGAUUUAUCAGUCCACGAUUGUUCCAUUAAUGACAUAUUGUGAUAUGGUAACUUUAAAUCUACCUGAAUCAUGGUUAUCAAAGUUUGUCAAUUUGGAAAAUCGGCCAAAGAAAAUUAUUGCAAAUGGAUUAAGUAUUGAAAACGAUGAUUUAAAUAUACGCGACUUUUACUCAACACACAUUUUUAACACGGUUAUUUAUGGUG